UCCACAAGUGAUCAGAGGAGGAAGGCAAAUUUUUCUGAACAUUUUUUCAAAACUUAUUGCGAUAAUUUGGCCAGUAUCAUGUCAAGAUCAUUUUACGUAGAUUCUUUGAUCUUAAACAAGCCAUCCCCGAGACACGCCGUCGAAGGAGACCACCAUGCCUUACCCAUGGGCCACCACCACUCACACGGCACUGACGCCAGUUUGGUUCACUGCACGAACCCGUACCCCGGGAAAUCUGACUCGUCGGUCAACGGCAUAUGUCCGCUCUGCGUCCGUGCUGAACCCAUCACGACCUGCAGUACGAUUAGCCCGAUGGUUACGACCACGGCACCUAUCUUCAAACCACCAUCGUCAGCUACAACAGUCAUGUCACACUCCAUCACUUCUCCGUACCUGGAACACCACCGUGAUCUACGUCACCCAGCACUAGGUUUCUCUCCAAGUUUACCCAGGCACGCAACUACCACUCCAGCAACAGCAUUCAGAUUUCCAGUGGAUCCCCGUAGAAUACAAUGUUUGCCAAUGCACGUUGAAGCAAACUCAGACAACCUUACAAGUUGCAAAAGAAUCAGAACGGCUUUCACGAGUACGCAGUUACUGGAAUUGGAACGAGAAUUCGCUUCGAACAUGUACCUGUCGCGCCUGCGUAGAAUUGAGAUUGCCACUUACUUAAAUCUGUCCGAGAAACAGGUGAAGAUCUGGUUUCAGAACAGACGAGUGAAACACAAGAAAGAAGGGAAACCAGAGUCACGUGACUGCAGAUGUCACAGAAUCGUAGCUCGCCAAUCAAACACUACUACACAUGCGCACAGCAGCGAUACAAGGGAAUCGAGUCCGAAAAGUGAUUCCGCGAAUAGCUCGUCGUAA